UUUUUCCAGAGAGAUCUGGCAACACUGCGGUUUCCCUAGUGUUAGCUAAACAACAUCACGACCUUUCAAGUGGCCAACCCCGGUCGAAUGAAUGAAGUCUGGACAGAGGUUUUAGCAUGUCAAAUUUAGCCAUGAGUGCCCUGUGCCGUAUUUUAACUAGGAGAGUGUAUUGCGGCCCAUCGUCUUGUUUAUCUGUAACGGGACUUCGGGAUUUUUGCAGCGGAGUCUCGCGACUGGACCGUGCUGGCAGUGACAGCUUGCGAGCCGCCAGCCCUGUAAAUUUGACCUACGAUGUGUUUGAUGGGAAAGGAGACGGCACACCAUUGGUGUUUCUUCAUGGUUUAUUUGGGAGCAAAUCAAACUUUCAUUCCAUAGCCAAGUCCCUGGUUCAGCGGACUGGCAGGAAGGUGCUGACAGUAGAUGCUCGCAACCAUGGCAAGAGCCCACACAGUCCUGUCUUGACCUACGAAGCAAUGACUCACGAUCUGACGCAUCUGCUUGGACAGCUGCACAUUGGGAAGUGUGUCCUGAUUGGACACAGCAUGGGCGGCAAGGUUGCAAUGACAACAGCUUUGUCACAGCCUAGUUUAGUGGAACGUUUGGUGGUCGUGGACAUUAGUCCCUCUCUGACUUCAGUCCACACCAGUUUCCAUGCCUACAUUCAGGCAAUGAAAGAGGUGAAGAUAGCCAGUAAUAUCCCACGCUCCACAGCACGAAGACUGGCUGAAGACCAGCUCAGGAAGUUAGUUAAGGAGCGUUCAGUGCGUCAGUUCCUCCUCACUAACCUGGAGGAGCAAAAUGGUAACUAUGGCUGGAGGAUUAACCUGGAAGCCAUCUCAAACCACCUAGAAGACAUCAUGGCUUUUCCUCAUUUUGUUAACACCUACGAGGGUCCAACUCUUUUCUUGGGUGGCAGUAGUUCAGCCUAUAUAAGCUCGGAAGAUUACCCUGAAAUCCAGAGGCUCUUUCCUUGUGUCGAUAUCCAGUACAUCCCAGAUGCCAGUCACUGGAUUCAUGCUGACAAGCCUUUGGAUUUCAUCAGCUCCAUAAUAACCUUCUUACAAUCAUAGUCCUUGUCUCAGGAAAGGAUACGCACAGGUGGGCCCAAUCUUAAAGGGACAGUGAAUGAAUUGUAAGGGUAUGGACCAAGAUGACGUUUAAUGAGUUAAAUCUAGUCUCUUACCUUAUAAUGCACAACUGAAUCGUUACAUAAUUCCUGAUAGUUAGUGUAUUCAUUUUUUAAUGUGGUAUUUGCACUGUGGCUUAACAUAGUACAUUAAAUGCAAUUCUAUCAAAAGGAUAUGUAGAAAUAUGUCCUUGACCUUCAAUCAAGGACAUUUGUUUGUAGCUCUCAAGCGUAACAAGUUACAUAACAGUGGAUCCAGUGGCUUUAAAAAACAAAAUACUUUACCUUCAUGAAAUUGAAUUUUUUUUCAAUAUUAUGAUUUGAAUUGUUUAAUUAUACUAAAUUAUAAUUGGACUAGAUUUACACUUUUCCGUUUUUUAAUAUAUUAAUUUUUUAAGCAUAUUGUUGACAUGGACACCCUUUCGCUGUUCUCUGAUAACAAAUACAAAGAUGUCUAUGCAACAGUGUGUGACUUAUUUAACGGUUUCAAGCCGAAAGCAUCUCUCACAGACUCAUCUUAAGGUCCGAUAAGACCACAACACUUUGACGUACAGCCAAGGCUGUGUUUGAAUUUUUACUCUUUUUCUGCAAACAGAAAAUUGAAUAGUUUGUGAAAUGUUUUAAUUAAUGCUAUAGUGCAUAAUAGAUUAGCUUUCUUUGUUGUUUAAAAUGGUUGAGCCUGUGUUAUAAGUUAAGUGUUUUAUUAAAACAGUUUUGUAUGGCUUUACAACAAACAAAGAUGCUGCAAUGUAACCAAGACACCUUUCAGAGCAUCCAGAGUUAUGAAAUCAGGUACUACAUUUCUGUUUUACUAGAAAUCUUUCUUUUUUGGCCCUGGGUCCUUUUUCUUUUAAGCCCCUUGUUCUGUGUUAUAAAACUAGUUUUGCGUAUUUAAUGAAUAAUCAAUAAACAGAUCAAAUACAUAAGCAUGUGAUGAACAAAACCUGUUUUGGUGCUUGUUCGACUAUUAGACGCAGCACAGAUAUGUUAGUGUGAUUUAUCACAGAGAGAACAAUGUGCCUACCUCUGCACACUGUUUGUUGUUUCAUCUUGGUAGGUUUAUUAGUUAUCUGUAGGUUUAUCACUAUUAUGAAUAGUUAUUGACUUACCAAAGCAGGGGUUUAUGGAAAGAUUUUCCUUGACCAGUGGUGUGCUGACAUUAUGUGGCACACAUUUAAGAAUAAAUGUACACGUACUGUUUUUGGCAGUCUUUAGUAUAAAAACUGCUGUUAUAAGGGGAUAUUUUUGUUCAUUGUGAGUGUCGAUGUUUGUAAAUGAUGAGUAUUUUGUAUAUUCAUAUACAGUACUGGUUAUAUAAAUGUAUAUUAUAUUAAAUAUAUAUUUAUGAUUACAAUAUCGUAAUGAUUGAUAAAUGAAGAAAUAUGCUGCAAAAUGACAUAUCCUUAAUGUCAGUGUGUGUUUUCUCAUGUCACGUAAUAAUUGUAGUGAAUGUGUAUAGUGGAACACUAGAGUCAUAGCACUGCCAUUGCUUGUUAUGUGUAGUCACACACAAUUUGUUGUGUAUUUGCGUUUACAUGGAACUGUAUCUUUCAGAAUUAAGUUUUCAAAACUGUAGUUUACUGCCCGUGAUUAGCAGCAGUGCUAGUUCAAUGUCUUUUGCCAGUUACCCAGCUAACAGGAAAUGUUCUCAGAACUUUGGCAUUUAAACAUUCUUACAAAAUUCCAGUAAUGUUACUAGAAUGUUUAUUCAAAGCUGUUUGGUCUUUAAUAGUGUUCUCAAAACAUUAGCACAAAAACAUUGUUCAUAAGUGUUUUUUUUUCUUCCCCCUGAAGUAGUGUUGUUGGAUGUUCGUGUAACAUUUGUAAACGUUACUAAUUGUUUCAGAAUUUUCAGAGAACAUUCAAAAGUAACGUUUCAUAAUGUUUACAAUUGAUAAAACAGAAUGUUCACUUAACUUUUAAAACAUUUAAAAAACUGGACUUUUUGAACAUUUAGAAAACAUUCAGAAUGUUUUAAUAACUUAAUGUUAGCAUUAGCAAAACAUUAUUAGAACUUGUUUUUGUUAGCUGGGUACUUUAUUCUGCUAGAUAAAAACACUGACUUGGGUCUUUAUUGAUCCUGUGAAUUUUUUGUUUUGUUUUAAGAUUUUGCCUGAACUUUUAGCAAUUCAGUGGACUGUUUAUAAGGCUAGAUUAACUCAAAACAUUUUCAUUUUAAAUCCCUCAUUCUUCCUUAUGAAACAUCCCUUUGAUUUGAAGAAUGUACAUGUAUGCAAUACUGAAGAGACGAAUCAGUUUAGAACGUAAUGCGCAGACAUUUAUGAUGGUUUUUUUUAAACAAUAAAGUAUCUGAUUAGCGUAUUCAGAAAGUACUGAAAUUAAUAUAGAGAAUUUGGAUUUGUUAUCUUGGCACUCACAGUACUUGAUAUAUUUGCAUUGUAUGUAAUGUAUACUUAAACUAAAUUAGAGAGUCAAACUUAUUCCUGUGGCUUCAUGCAGUAUUGUUUGUUUGUUUGAAAGUGAACGUGACUAAAUGUGAUACAUAGUGAUAUUGGUUCUUUGUUUUAUUGAUCUAAUGUCAUGAAAGAGAGUGUGGUCAUUCAGGCAGUAAUGGUAUGAGUCCAUGUUGAGCAGUUUGUAUGGGUGUAUAGACUUUGCAUGCUAGAGUGUAUCUGUGUGCAGAUUUGUAACUACUCAAUAAAUGUACAAGUCUUCAA